AUGCUUAAGCAAAUCAACAGCAAUAUUGGUAAGAGGUAUGUAAAGGGCAUAAUAAAAAUCGAAUCAACUUCAAAUCCAGGCAAUAAGGAGUUGGCUAUAAUUCCAGAUCCAAAGCAAUGCUUGACACAUAUAGAUGUUGUCGGAAGAGGUGCAGAUCUAGAAAGCUAUAUUAUCAAGCAUAAUUUAGUGCUUAAUAAACUAUACCAAGAUAAAUGGAUGAGUGAGAACUGUAGUUUCGGAUGUUAAUUUACUAGAAUUUAAAAGCUACAUAUAUUAGAAGACAUUCUUGAUGGGUUAGAAUUUAUGUAGGAUUUAACCAACUUAAAAAGUUUGACCAUAAAACUGGAUCGAGACAGCCUUUUAAGCAAUCCUAAUAAAUAUAUCAAAAUAUCUCAAACUUUAACUUCGCUCAAACUGAUCAAGCCCUCUUCGAAAAUGUUAGAAUUUCUUUUAUUUGAAAUUAACCCUUCCUUUAUCAAGAAGCUGGUGAUAUUUGAGGCAGAUAUAGCAAAUCAAUAAACUCUAAUAACCUUCAUAAAUCAAUCUUAAAUUACAGAUCUUAGACUACAACUGAAUAAUGGUCUGGAUAUUGAUGAAUUUCUGUAGAAACUUUAGUACUUGGAAUUCUAGGUUAAUCUCUAAAUUUUUGAUUAAGAAAAUCUGUUAGAGAUUUUUAGAUUAAUGUCAUUAAAAGUGCAACACCUGAAGUUAUCAAUAAAUUGCUAAGAAACAUAAAAAAAUAACCAAUCAAUUAAACCUAUAAUUUAUUAUGACAUAGAAAGUAUUACUGAGUCACUUGAUAUCUAAUUCAGGCAUUACAACGAUAAAAUUGAGAGAUUUUUCAAUCUUAGGGUAUUUGAGAACACCAAUAUAAAAUUAUAUAGCAAUAUCUAGACAGAUCUACCAAACAAUUAUGUUGAGUUGGAUUUAAGUAAAUGUAGGAUUAACAUGAUAACUAUCCUCCAAGUAUUAAAGAAUUUGAAAUAUUGUGAGCAUUGUUUAAGACAAUUAAACAUCUAGGUAAAUCAAUAGCAUUAUAUUGAAUCAGAAGAUUAGAAAUAUUAUAGAGUUCAAGAAGCAAAUAAUAGUAUUGCUCACAUUGCUAGAUUUUUUUCAGACUAAAUUGACGAAUUCAAAAAAGUUGAGAAUAAGCUUUCUUAUAGUCAAAAUUAGUUGCUGAUUUUUGAGACUCUAUCAAAUUUUACAGAGUUAAGAAAUCUAAAAAUUAACAUUAAACUUUAUAAUCUUUUAGAAAUAGAUAAGCUAGCAGAUAUUUGCCUUAAGAAAUUAAGUUCUCUAAGACUUCUUAAUUUAUUUAUCGAUGAUGAAUUAGUUAAUGAUAGAAUUAAAAUUUCACUAAUUAGUUUAGACAAUUGGCUUGCUAGUGAUUCUUGUUUUGUUGAGGAGUUAGAAAUUAGACAUUUGAAUUGCGAAUAAAAAACUUUGGAUUUUAGGGGAUUUUUGAAAAAUAGAGAAAAAACUUUUGUCUUAAGGGUAAAAGAUUUGCAUUUUGAUAAAAAAUUAUUUAAUGCAAAUCAAAAUGUUCAUGUGGUUGAUUUGAUUUAUGAAUGA